AUGUACGACGAUGUGGGGACGUGCACGUGCUCCUGUGGAGAGAACUGGAGAGCGUUCAACAUCGUGGGGCAUGCCUCGUGCGUGCCAUGGGCCGUCUUCGAAGCUUUCGGCUCUGUGGGCCUGGCCUUGUCUCUGGUGCAUCUCGUUCACGCGGCCUACAACUUGAAACAGCAGCGUCGCUGUGAGGCCAUGCAGAGCGAUCGCGGGAUGGCGGUGAGGAUGCGUGUCGACGUGUAUCGCGAGCAGCUCAGCAUGAUUACCGUCAUCCACGCGCUCGUCAUAGGCCUGUACUUUGCCUUAGGGCUGUGGCUACCAGACGAGAGCGUGCGGUGGUCGGCGGUGGCCCUGGGAGUGUCGCACAUCUUGUCGGGCAUAGGGGCCGUUCUGACAGUGCAGGUUCUGAUUCGGAGCGUUGAUCCGCGCCUCCUGAAGAUGGACGCCGUCAUCCUCAAAGCGUCGGCCGCGCUGGCGCACCCGGUGGGGCGGUGCCUUACCUUCUCCAGCGUGUCCAUUGGAGCAGUAUUCUUGAUUUUCCUGACAUUUAUCGCGUGGACGGGGCAGGGCUACAAGAUUGCCGCCAUCGCGUACAUAGUUGUAACCGUUCUACGCAUCCUGCUCAUUGUCAUGUGCAGCCGUUCAAUGAUCAACAUUAUUGACGGCUCGAUGGCGCGCGAUAUCGCCAGUCAAAAGGCGCAAGGCGCUCAGAGGGGCCGCAGUGUCCUGAGCGGCGACAGUACUAGCUUCAAGAAGAUAAAGGCUGACCCCAAGCUUGCGGCGGCGAAGAGAACGAUCCUCUCGGCGCUGUUCUUCUGCAUCACCCUGACGAGUAUCGCUUCAGCUUUCCUCAUCUUCGCGCUCACGACAGAGUAUGGAACCGAUAACCCGAUCGUGUUUCUGGCCUUGCCGUUGGCCUACGGCCCCCUGAUCGCGCUGUCGUUUCACGUACAGCUGCACUCGAAGAGAAACAAGGCGCUCCUACGGCGGGUUCCCGUGCAGAACCCUAUCGCCACGAAAGGAGAAGUUAUUGGCUUCGGCAGUGGUGAUGGGUUCAAGAAAGCCUCCGGAUCCGUGGGGACCACCACCAGCGCCAAAUCGGGCCGGAACAACACAACAGGCGGUCGUGUCGUGCCGACCCAGGGUACAGCAGAAGAGGGGGGGGAGGGAGGGCAGACGCCGGCCUCUCCGGCCAAAGAUCCAGUUUGCGAAAUAAUAGGCAUGGUGCAGGAGGAGGAGGUAUAG